AUGGACGAGUUAAAAGAGUCUCAAUUAAAGCAAAAAACCAAAGCUCAAUUGAUUGAUGGCUUUUUAGCUUUCAAAAGAAAGGUCAACAACGAAACUAUUGAUUUGAAAAGUCAGAUAACAACACUUGAAAAUGAAUCUAAACAAAAACAGGAAACAAUAGAAGCUAUGGAUUGCACUAUCAAGACUUUACAAAAAGAACUGGAUGAAAUGAAAAUUACAAAUAACAACAACAAGAAAACUAUCGAAGAACAAACUGCAACAAUUGCCAUUCAAGAUAAAUGCCUCAAUGAAAAUGCAUUAUCUUUUUUAACAUCAAGUAGAUGCUCAACUCCGUCUCCCCCAUUCGAAUAUAUUCCUGUGCCACUGACUUCUACUGAGAAAAUGGAUUGCACUGAAGAGUCGAAUGUCAAUGAUGUACAGGAUUCAAGUAGUACAACUACAAAACUCUCUGACUUAAGCAAAGAAUUGACAGGACGAGAUGGAAGUGGAAGUGAUGAAGAAAAUAGUGAAGAUUCUGGUGAUGAUGAUGACGAAAAAGAUGAUAGCGAUGAAGAUGAUAGCGAUGAAGAUGAUAAUGAAGUCAAAGAGUCAGAUAAAUAUCCAUCGAAAACGCCAUUACGGUUGCCAAUAGAGACUACAUCUGUGUUAGAAACCAAGGCAGCUGAUACGCUAAAAACUCCAAAUUUGACUUUAAAAUCAAUAUCAAAAGUAAAGUUCAACAUCAAUAAAUCCAUCAACAUCUUGAUGCUGGGUUCUUUCACCAAAAAAUAUUUGAAAGGUCACAAAAGGUCAGGUCAAGGAGGAAAAAAGGGAGUACUGAAAAGGAAACCUAUGGAAGAACACCACCUACAGCUGAUAACAAGUAAUAAUAUAUAA